AUGCCACCAUCGGUCCAGAAGUUUCUAGACAGUCUUAAGCGACAUCCCGUGACCGUGCCCUUCGUCGACGUUCCGAAUGACAUGGUUUAUUGGGGCUUCACUAUCUACCGGACAUACUACGGCCCUGGAUCGGAUCAGCGGUGGAGCGAAUUGCUCCAGCGAAUGACUACUGAGACUAAGCUCGACCUCGAGAGCCAAGACGGGGCUGAAGACGACACGACUAGCACUGCAAAAGCUUGGUCUCUAUUCAAACUCGACGCUCGAUCAGACUCUACAGUGUUAGAUGGCUUGACGCUGGAGCAGGUUCGACAGCUGUGCGUGGAGGGAGUUGGAGGCCGGCCGAUGAACGCAGACGACAACCCGUUUCGAGUCUUCUUCUUGGCUGACGCUGAGGCGCUAGUGGGCUCCGAUUUUGAUAGUGCUCUGAUCAAGGUCGUGGCAGCAGACGUUAUUUUGGAUGGAUGA